AUGUUUGGCACAAGCUACCGAGUAUGGGUUUCUGGAACUUCUUUGAAGCAAACUUCGUGGGGAAAUUUGUGCAAGUUCUUUUCUGAGAAGUAUGACUGCACUAUCACACAAAACAAGCUGAGCAACCACUGGAAUUACAUGCGCAACCAAUAUGUCACUUGGUCCCGUCUCUUAGCAAGAACCGGGCAUGGGUACAACGCGGAGACAAACACUUUUGAUUGGAACGAAGAGCAAUGGAUUGAAUUAGACAAGACAAUCAAAAAUGCCAGUCAAGUCAAGAAUAAAGGACUGGAAGAUGCAGAGAAGUUGCAGAAUUUAUUUGUUGGGAAGUUCUCUACCGGAGUUAAUAGGGAUACACCUGGAAGAAUGGAACCGCCUUGUUCAGCUGGAACUUCUACAACUAAUGGAUCUGAUUCUCGAACAAGUCACAUUGGGAAGGCUACAUGGAAGAGGGUUUAG